CUGAGAAUGUCAGACAGCUCCAGCAACACCUUUGGGGGCAGGCGGGCAGUCCCGCCCAACAACUCCAAUGCAGCAGAAGACGAACUCCCCACAGAGGAGCUGCAGGCCCUGCUGCCCCGGGGCGUGAACCUGCAAGACUACCUUAAUGUCACAGACGUGCACCUCUUCAAGGAGAGAUGGGACACCAACAAGAUUGAGCACCACACCGACAAGUACGACAACAGCAAGCUGAUUGUGCGCAGGGGGCAGCCCUUCUACGUGCAGAUUGACUUUAACCGUCCCUACGACCCCAAGAGGGAUUUCUUCAGGGUGGAAUACGUCAUUGGUCGCUACCCUCAAGAAAACAAGGGAACCUACAUCCCAGUGCCGGUGGUCUCAGAGCUGCAGAGUGGAAAGUGGGGGGCCAAGGUCAUCAUGAAUGAGGACAAGUCUGUCCGGCUGUCCAUCCAGUCUUCGCCCGAAUGCAUUGUGGGGAAAUUCCGCAUGUAUGUUGCCGUGUGGACCCCCUAUGGCAUACUCCGAACUCGCCGAAACCCAGAUACAGACACAUACAUUCUCUUCAACCCUUGGUGUGAAGAGGACGCUGUAUACCUGGAUGAUGAAAAAGAGAAAGAAGAGUACGUCCUGAAUGACCUCGGGGUGAUUUUUUACGGCGAGGUCAAUGACAUCAAGAGUAGAAGCUGGAGCUAUGGCCAGUUUGAAGAUGGCAUCCUCGAUGCUUGCUUGUACGUGAUGGACAGGGCACAGAUGGAUCUCUCUGGCAGAGGAAACCCCAUUAAAGUCAGCCGCGUGGGGUCUGCAAUGAUUAACGCUAAAGAUGAUGAGGGUGUCAUCGUUGGAUCCUGGGACAAUAUCUACGCUUAUGGUGUCCCACCAUCGGCCUGGACUGGAAGUGUCGACAUUCUACUGGAAUACCGGAGCUCCGAGAACCCAGUGCGGUAUGGCCAGUGCUGGGUGUUUGCCGGGGUCUUUAACACAUUCCUACGAUGCCUUGGAAUACCAGCAAGAGUCAUUACCAAUUAUUCCUCGGCCCACGAUAAUGAUGCCAAUUUGCAAAUGGACAUCUUCCUGGAAGAAGACGGGAACGUGAGCUCCAAACUCACCAAGGACUCGGUGUGGAACUACCAUUGCUGGAACGAAGCGUGGAUGACGAGGCCCGACCUCCCCGUCGGGUUUGGAGGCUGGCAAGCCGUGGACAGCACCCCCCAGGAAAACAGCGACGGCAUGUACCGCUGUGGCCCAGCCUCCGUCCAGGCCAUCAAGCAUGGCCACGUCUGCUUCCAGUUUGACUCCCCUUUCGUCUUUGCCGAGGUCAACAGUGAUAUUAUUUACAUCACAGCCAAGAAGGACGGCAGUCACGUGGUGCAAACUGUGGAUACCACCUCCAUUGGGAAAUUGAUUGUGACCAAGCAGAUUGGAGGCGACGGCAUGACUGAUAUUACCGAUGCUUACAAAUUCCAAGAAGGUCAAGAAGAAGAGAGGCUGGCCUUAGAAACCGCCCUGAUGUACGGCGCUAAGAAAGCCCUCAGCACAGAAGGCGUCCUCAAGCCGAGGUCUGACGUGGAUAUGAACUUCGAAGUGGAAAAUGCCGUGCUGGGGAAAGACUUCAAGCUCACCAUCACCUUCCAGAACAACAGCCCCAACCGCUACACCAUCUCAGCCUAUGUCUCGGGCAACGUCACUUUCUACACCGGGGUCUCCAAAGUCGAGUUCAAGAACGAGUCGUUCAGAGUGACGCUGGAGCCCCUGUCCUACAAGAAGGAGGAAGUGUUGAUCAGAGCCAGCGAAUACAUGGGCCAGCUGCUGGAGCAGGCGUCCCUGCACUUCUUCGUCACCGCCCGAGUCAACGAGACCAAGGAUGUGCUGGCCAAGCAGAAGUCCAUUGUCCUCACGGUCCCCAAGGUCGUCAUCAAGGUGCGUGGCACUCCUGAAGUCGGUUCUGACAUGGUUGUCACGGUCGAGUUCACCAAUCCUUUAAAAGAAGCUCUGAAAAAUGUCUGGAUCUACCUGGAUGGCCCUGGGGUGAUACGGCCAAAGAGGAAGUUGUUCCGUGAAAUCCGGCCCAACUCCACCGUGCAGUGGGAAGAAGUGUGUCGGCCUUGGGUCCCUGGCCCUCGGAAGUUGAUCGCCAGCAUGACCAGUGACUCCCUGAGACACGUGUACGGCGAGCUGGGCUUGGAGAUUCGAAGACGACCUUCUAUGUAA